AUGAGUACGUCACUAGGCCCAAGAGAGCUCUUCGGAGGUGCUAUAGCACUAGAUCUGCCAAGAGAUUACAUCGAUGCCAGUGAUCUACGCCAAAUCCCUGAUAAUCAAGAAGUCUUCUUGUCUUCCACCUCGGACACAGCGGUUGUCUUAGAGGUAUUAGGGAUGGUCGAAGAUGGAUUGGCAAGUACAGAUUUGUGGGAAGCGAUCAAAUUUCACUUCUCUUCAAUAGCUCAUGACAACGCCUCACUCCAGUCAACAAUAUUGACUGCCGCUCCAACAUCAACGAUACCAUCUAAACCAUCGCCACUAGAAAGUGCCAGUACACCUAGUCCUAUAACGUUAAGUGGUAUCCAACGUAUACAUAAAUUCUCUCAUGACGCUUCCGGUGCACCUAGACCGGGUCAUGAGAGUGAUUCUCCUGAUGAAGUUUGGAUUGGAGUGGGGUUAUGGAGGAUAUGGCUUGAACAAAGUGGAAGCGAACGAACGAAGAAAAAAGCGGAUUUGGUUUUGAGUGUCAAUGUUAAUUUGUCAGACGAAUCUGGAGUUGGGAAUAUAGAAAGAGAAAAAGUCGAAGAAUGGUUUAAAAGAGCAGUGGAAAGUUUGCAAAUAAUAGAUUUCGCUUUAUUCGGUGAUAUCGUAGAAUAG